CCCGGCCCGCCCCCGGUCCCACCGCAGCCCCGAACCCGCCAUGGAGCGGUCGCUGCCGCCCUACGAGCCGCUGGCGGAAGGGUUGGACAUGGAGGGGCUGCCGCGGAGCACCGUGGUGACGGUGGAGCCGCCGCCGCCGCCCCCCCCCCGCGACCACCUGGCCUGGUCCCUCUGCAGCGCGCUCUACGCCAACUUCUGCUGCCUGGGCUUCAUGGCGCUCGUCUUCUCCAUCAAGUCCAGGGACCGCAAAGUCCUCAGGGACUACAGCGGGGCCCUCAGCUACGGCUCGACCGCCAAGUACCUGAACAUCACCGCCCUGGUGCUCAACAUCUUCCUCGUCAUCCUCAUCAUCGCCCUGAUCGCUACCGGCACCAUCACCAUGAUGAACGUCCUCCACCAGCAGCAGGAGCAGUACCCCCAGUACCCCUGGCAUCGCCCCACCUAGCCCAGCCCCUGCUCCGCGGGCAGCGCACUCCCCCCCAAUGUCUGCGAGGAGCCCCCGUCACCCCUCGGAGCGGGGGGGAGAUGUCCUCCAUGCAGCCCCACGGAGCUUGCGGGGGUCCUGUCCCGCUUUCCUCACUGCUCAAGGCCCUGCAGAGCCCUCUCUGGUGGCCGCCCUCGUUGACUUCCCUGGAAGUGCCUGGAGACACCUCUCCUCUGGCAGGAGCCGAGCACCCAAAAACUGCCCGUAGCCAAGGGAAAGAGCUUUUCCGCUUGCCGCUUCGCUCUCAUCUUGUAGCCCCAAGUGCCUCUAAGAGCAACCCAAAGGAGAAACGCCUCGUUCAGAGAAAACCGCGCUCAAAUAAAGGUUUCUUUCACUUUUG